UGUUGUUGACAAGUGUAAAAAUGCAAAUUGAAUGCAAUAGCUUCCGACUAUAUUCAUUAUUUUGUUUAAACAUAUACUUUCACGAGUAUUUUUAGAAUAAAGUUAUGAGUAAAAUAUUCACUGAAGAAUUUAUGAUUUGUGGAAAAAGUGCGUAAAAGUAAUAAUGGCUGAAAAUUCUGGAUUAAGGCAAGGAAUUCAAAAUAUUUAUUCCAAUGUGCCUCCAAAGUUUAAUCCCCAGGAAAUGUGUCCAGCAUCAACACCCGGUGAUGAUUCAAGCUUAAAUUCCACAUAUGGCCGCAUAAUUUCCAAAUCCAGCAGUUCCUCAACUGCAGGUAACAGUUUUGCAUACUGUUGUGGAGAUUCGAAUAAAUAUGCACAUGCUAACAUAAGUUUUCCGUGGGAUGUUGCACAAAAUGCAAACACUUAUAACAUGACCUUAAAAAAUGAAACUGAUGUGAAGGCUACUUUGACAGGUGGUCUACAAACCAGUUAUCCUAAAUUUGACCAAUCAGUAUGUAGCCCUGCAUAUUGCAGUGAUGUUAAAAAUGUUUCUGAUCAUUUAGUAACCACAGCCAAUGUUCUAGAUGCAGGUUCAAAUGUUAAUCAACUAGAAUCAAAUGCAGAUUUAAAUCCUGUGUAUGAAAAUAUCCGAGAUAUGCACAUUUCAGAAAAUGUACCUAAUCAAGCUGGUAACAGUCAGAGCUCCUCACAUGUGUUUCAAAAUAGUAAAAAGCAGAAUGUGCAUAGUUUUGAUUCUGUUCUUAUGCCUGCCUCUUGUACAGUAGUUAAUAGUCCCAUUUAUGCCAAUUUACAUGAAGUAAAAAAUAAUCCUCCAUCUUUUUCCCAGCCUACUCAAAAAUUUCCUAAUGUUGACGAAUCAGCAGCCUCAGUAGAUAUAACACCAAAUAAAUUCUCAGCUUAUACACCUAAUACAACAGUGGGGAUGCAUUUUAUUGGUUUUCACAUUUCAGACAGUACACCAGUCAGUAGUUACAGUAAUGCUCUCCCAAAAGAUAGUAACUCCUAUAAUCUAGAAAAAAGUGGAACUUCUGAAGAUUCAUCGGAAAAGCAAACUUGUCUGUCAGUGGGAAAAGAAAGAAAAAAAGUCUCAUUCUGUAGUAUUCCUGCAAAAGCUGCUGAUGAUGACGAUGAUGAUGAAGAAAAUGAAGUCGAUGAAACUUCAGCAAUAUCUAAUGAUGUUGAAAAUGAUGAUCAAGGUUCAAAUAUUUCAAGUAAUUCCAGUCACAUGAAUUAUUUUAAAGAUGAUUACAAACCAAAUACUUUAAAUUCAAAGACCUUUUUACCUUAUAACAUCACACCACCUAGACAGAAAGGCCCUACAGAAGCUGAAAAAAAGAUAGAAGCUCUAAUGAGAGAAAUAGAAGAUGAGAUGGAUAAUCCACCCGAAACUGAUUAUUUUGGUAUUUGUCACACAUGUGGAGAAAAAGUAUCUGGUGCUGGUCAAGCAUGUCAAGCAAUGGGAAACUUAUAUCAUACAAACUGUUUCAUUUGCUGUUCCUGUGGCCGAGCCUUGCGGGGAAAAGCAUUUUAUAAUGUUCAUGGGAAGGUUUAUUGUGAAGAAGAUUAUUUGUAUUCAGGUUUCCAACAAACUGCUGAGAAGUGUGCGGUGUGUGGCCAUUUAAUAAUGGAAAUGAUAUUGCAAGCAAUGGGACGUUCAUAUCAUCCUGGUUGCUUUAGAUGUUGUGUUUGCAAUGAAUGUUUAGAUGGUGUUAGGUUUACAGUUGAUAUGGAUAACAAGAUAUAUUGUGUAGAAGAUUAUCAUAUGAUAUAUGCUCCAAAAUGUGCAAUGUGUGGGAAAGCAAUUACUCCUGUAGAAGGAACUGAUGAAACUGUGAGAGUAGUUUCUAUGGAUAAGGAUUUUCAUGUUGAUUGUUAUAUAUGUGAGGAUUGUGGAUUGCAAUUGACAGAUGAACCAGAUAAGCGAUGUUACCCACUUGAUGGCCAUCUGUUGUGUCGUAAUUGCCAUCUUAACAGAUUAGAAUUACUUGGUAAACCUCCUAAUGUGCAAAUGCAAAGAUCUCUUCAAAUAAGUGACUUAUAAUAAGACAGCUAUAUUCCAAUGCUACUGUUGCUUGCUGAAAUUUCAAGAUUAUUAAUUAAAUCAGCAGUGCAUAGAUUUUUUUUUUCUUUUUUUUUUUUUUUUUUUUUUUUUUCUGUUAUUUGCAAAAUAAAUCAUUCGUAAGUGUUAAAAGUACUUUCAAAUAUUACUGUAGUGCUGUGUAAAAAUGUCUCAAUGUGUCUGAUUUCUAGAUUGACAUAAUUUUUAUGUACAAGGCAGAGUCAAAGAAUAACCUUAAUGUAGCAAUGAUAAUUUGAAAUCUCAUAUUAUACAAUUGUACUCUAUAUUUGACUUCUAACUUUAACUUUUAGUAUCAAUGGUGUAACUCUAUGGGUAUGUUAGUGUACAUUUCCAUUAUAAGUUCUACACUGGCUUCAGUGUCAGUCCAUCGGUUUCAGCAUCAUCGGGGAGGCAUUCAUGCAUUUAUUCUUGAAAAGUACUAUCUGACCAUGGGUACAGAGGCAGAAGUGCAUAUAUAUAGGAGAAUACAAAGGUUUGAAGUCUUAUUAUAUAUUAAUUCUUUUAAUUAAUUUGUUGUAGUUAAAGUGGCAUCUCUUUAGUUUGAAAUCUAGUAGUCGCAUGAAUACUAAACAUUCUGACUAGGAAUUUUGAAAGCAGGAGCAAGUAAAGCAUAUCAGAACUAGAAUAUAAUUAACAUUCUUUACCAAACUCAUUUCCUGAACUCUAAAAUAUUUAAUAAUGAAAAUCAUAAAUAUUGUUAAGUAAAAAUCUGAUAAAUAUAUAUCUGUAAUUUUUCUUGGACAAUCUAUUUUCCAAGCAGACACCUCACAUCUUUACUUGUAUAUGAAAUAUUUGAAAUGAUAAAAAUAUCCAAACAGGUUUUAAAAUUCUAAGUAUUACAGAAAUAUGUCUGGCACCAGCAGUGUGAGAUUUAGAAUUAGGCAAUAAUUUAAAUAGUGUACAAGUUUAUAAAAUGGUUUUCUGUAUGUAUAAAACAUACCAAAUGACUGAAUUUUUCUUUAACUGUUCAUUACUUUGGUCAAAAUGAUAAAACAUUAUCUGAUGGAUUUCAUUCUCAUAGAAUUAAUUUUUCGUUGCAAUAUUGAUUAAAAAAGUAGUGAGAAUCUGAACUUUGGAUGUUUUUCUAUGUGUUUAAUAUUAAAAAUUGGUAUUAAUUUUUAUUUAUAUCACAUUUUGUAAAAAAAUAAAACAGAAAGAAAUCUGAUUUCAAUUUUCUUCUGUUUUUCCCUCACAUUAUAUCUUGUGCAGAAUAUUUAAAUUAGCCUGCUUGCUGACACAUUCUUCCACCAGAAUAAUAUCAGUAUAUGUAGGCUUGUGGACCUGAUGGGAUGUAAAAUGUCAGCAAAUAGUAACAUACUGUCUAGUUUGAAGCAUUGGAUAGAGUAGAAGGGAAAAAGCAUUUAUCUGACGUAAAGUUUUGAAGAGGAGAAAUCAGAAGAGACAAUAUUGGGGAUAUUUGUGUAUCGCUUUGGAAGAUUUAUAAAUGUAUCUUCUAAGAGGACAUCUGUUGACAAGAAGUUCAGACAAUAAAAUAAAAGAUGGCAGUGAAUCACUGGCUGUAGAGUUAGUAUGAGUGUAUAUUUUCACGUAGAAUUUAACUAUUAAACUUUGUGGAACAUUGUAGGAGCUAUAUUAAAGCACAGUAAAAUGUUUUUUCUUCUGUUGGGUAGUCUAAAAUAUUAAGGUUAUGUUUUGACACUUCCUUAUAGUAUGUGAAAUUUACUAAGCUGCCAUAUUAUAUAAUCUACUAUUUUUAAAUUAAUUUUUCUAGUGAAAUUUGCGAUUUUGCUAAUAACUGUUUCUAAUGCAGUAUUUAGUAGCUCAGAAUGUGUUUUUAAAGUGUUCUGCAAAGUUAACAAAGACAAUUUGACUAACAUUUUGUCUAUGUGUUCUAAAAUAAAUUAUUUAUUUAUUGGAGUAAUGUAAAUAUAUAGUUUUCAUACUCUUGAUGGAAUUUUUCUAGUAAAAUUUAUAUUUCAAACAUCAGCAAAUAAUAUUUUGUGAUUCCUUCAAUUGAAUUUUGUAAUGUUUUUUCAGCACUAUCUUUCCAAAAUUUAAGCCAUCAUAUGAAAGAAGUCUCUUUCUUUUAGAAUCUUUACAACACAUUCAAAAACAUUGCUUGCAAAUGUUAAAUUUUCAUGUGAAAGCUGUGAACAGAAAUCAGGUGAAACUGUGCAUUUAUGUAUACAUAUUUUCUGUAUUUCUUGCAAAGCUUUUCUAAAAUUAGGUUUAUUUUUUAUUCAUAAAAAAUGUAUACUUUUCUUUCUUAUAGCUAUCUAGGUUACAAAAGAUAUUUAUAAUUUCAUAAAAUAAAUUAUUUAAUAAAAUGUCAGUAGUAUAAAUACUGUCUAGAUCAUUAUCAAAAUCUGAAAAUGUUUGUUUUGCUAAAUUUGAAGUAUCUUUGCUUGCAUCAGAAGAGUGAAUUUAGACUUCAUUCAUUAUUAUUGUUGUUAAAUUUUGUUUUUCAAAUGUUUUUAAAUUUAUAAAAAAUAUAAAAAUGAUAUAAAAUGUUUUUUAUUUGUGGUAUUUUAAUAUUUUAAGUAGUAUAAAGUAUUUUUUAUUAAAAACUAUAAAAAUAUUUUUUUCCCGGGUAAUUUAAAAGCACUCUGGGCACAGAAUUUAGGGCAACAAAAUUCUAUAGGUACUAAGUAGCAGAAAUUCUAAUGUGGGCCUUUAAAACAGCAAAGGCAUUUUGAGAAUUAAAUUUGGGGAAGUUAUUUAAUGCUAUUGAAAUAUAUUUAAUAAUUCUAUAGUUCCCAAAGAAAAUUAACAUUUUAGAAUAAUUUGUCUUAUCAAAGACAUGGAAAUUUUAGUGUUAAGUUUUAAUGAUAAGAAAAUCUUUUUAGCAUAGUUGAAUCUGGAAAUGGGUUAUUUUAAAAGCAAAGUAUAAAAUGAUUUUGUGUAAACUUUUGUCUCUUUUCUGAUCAAAAACUUCUUAAGAUAAUUAAAGAAUCCUUUUUAAAUUUGGUGUUAGUUAUAAAAGUUACUGUUCCAGGUUUCCUAAAAAGUAAUAAAGUGCAUUAUAAUUAGUAUUUAAAUUAUUUUAAUAUAUUUGAGAAAUUUAAUAUCUUAUUGUCUGAGAAGCCUUUAAAUUUGAAAAUAAUUAAUAUAAUCUAACAAAUUUUCUACGAACUAAAAAUUUGGAUUAAAAUGCAUGUAAAUUGGAAUCUUUUUGUUUAAUGCGGUGCCCACCUUUCAUACGAAUAGUUUAUUAUUUUUGUUAUUAUAAUUCUGAAAAAUGUGUAUUGUUUCUAAUUUGUGUCCAUAAGAGUACUCAUAAGUACUUUAAAUAGGAACUAUUAAAUAGGAAGCAUAAUAUUUUCACUUUAAUCCAGAAUUAAUAUUUACAUUUUUAUACAAUGUGUUUUUUAGUAGAAAUGAUUAAACCUGAUUUGUGUCAUCAUUUAAAAGGUUAAUUAAGUAAAAUUUUGUUGUUUAAAUACCACAAAUUAAAAUUCAGUUAAUUUUUUUCAUAAUAUUGAUAGGAAAGAUAAUAAAACUGCCCUCCCCAUAUUCACAAACUUCCUUUUAAGGACUAGUAAAUAAAUAAUUUCAUAAUUAAGUAAGAAUAAGGGUUUGGACCUUCUAUGGUUUUUGAUAGUACCUUCAGUGAAAUGAUAAAAUAUUAAAAAUUAUUAGGGAAAUAAAGUGUUAGAACAGCAAAUUCUGGGGUGGUUUUAUUUGUUAAAUUUAUGAGAAGUAAAAUGAUAUAAUAAUAAUAAUGAGAUUAAUUUAUGAGAAAUAAGAUGAUAAUUUAUGUUUUCUAAUAUGGUAUUUAUAUGAAUUUCUGCAUUAUACAUUUCCAUUGUUUUUGUGUUCAUUGUUCUGGCUGUGGGUGAUGUUCAUAUGUUUAUUAUCCUCAUUAUAUGUCAAAAAUACUUCAAAGGUACUUUAAAUGCAAAACAUCUGGCAGAAUGCAAUAUCCCCCUUCUCUCUUUUGGUUGCUGCUGCAACCUGAACUGUGAUGAUUAGAUGAGACCUUUUCUGUGUGCUGCAAUUCAUUUAUUGUUAAAGUAGUUCCAGUGGCUUGGUAAUUAAUUAAUGAAUUAUUUGAUUAAAAGUGAAUUGUUUUGCUUUAAGAAAAACUUAAAUGGUUUAAAAACUAUUUCAGAACCUGAACUAGUUUGUUCCUGCUGAUCAGUGCUUUCAGACUUAGUGAGUUAAUGACAAAUUAUUCUGCAUUUUCUUGUAAUCUUCUCCAAAUUUUGGUGUGACACUCUUGAGAAUUAGAAAUUCUAAAAUUUGUAAUUCCUUUGUACACAUAAAUUGUGUUUUGGAAGUUAUUUUCAGUGUAGCAUUUAAUGGGAGAUAAUUUUUUUUUUUUUUUUUUUUGGUGUUUCUUAAAGGUUAAAUUCUUUACUAUAUAUCUUCAAUUCGUCAUAUGCUUAAACUUCUACAGAAUAUAAAUGUAUUUGUUAUGCAUAGUAAGUUCUUAAAACUUAUACAUUUAAAAGCAUUUAGAAUGAAUAAUUUUUCUCCUUGUGAUAGUUACAGGUAAUUGAAAUUAAUGACACAGAAGUGAUAAUUCCUUCUUCUAUCAGUAUCAAUUUGUACAUAUUAUUUAAUCCUCAAAGUUGUUUUUAAGUCAUACUGAAAACAAUUCUUUUCAGUUUAGUGUAAUUUUCUAAUUUUUCACUAUUGAUUAUUAUCAAAGCAAUUUGUUUGGUUAAAUUAUGGAAUUCUAAAAACCGUAUUCAGAUAGUAUAUUUCAUAUAUCAAAUUGUUCAAUGUUCUAUAUAAUUUUUUAUAUAUGUGAGCAUGUUAAUUUUUUUAUUAUUUUUUCAAUAAUUAUUCCUGAUUGCAUAUUUAAUGUCAUUGUAAUUUUUGGUAUCUAAGGUGUGAUUGAAAUGUUUUGUGGAUAGACUGUUUCUUUAUUUUAAUGCAGUUUUGUUAGAUUUUGUAUAAGUAAAGCCUUGCUUAAAAUGCCAAUGCAUUACUUUAGGAUUAUGCAGUCAGCAAUUAAAUGUGCAGACAAAUUUGAAUAUUGUUAUAGAACUUAUAAUGCUACAAUCAAAACUUGUGGAGUAUAAUGCAAAUAAUAUGUUUAAGGUGUAUGUAAUUGAGAAAUAGUUAAGAAUUAAUAAUAGUGUUUUAAUAAUUGGAAAUCAUUAAGACUGUUUUCUUUUUUGCAGUAUAAUUCCACUGACCUUUUAAGUAUGUCUAGACAAUUUGUGAAAUGCUGUCUGUACGUGAUAGUUUGAUUGUGCCAAAAGUUAAAUUCUUAGUUUAUUUUUUAAAUAUUUAAAUGUAUAAUUAUUUCUUUUGUUUCUGACGGGGAAAAAAGAAUUAGCCUUGAAACUAAAUGAAAAUUCAGUUUUGUAUCCAUUUAUAUGAAGCUGGAAUAUUUUUAGAUUUUUUAGUUGAACCACAUUACAUAGAAGUUUUAAUUGAGUCAUAUUGCAAGCUCUCAUGCUGUGUAUUGGUUGCAUUCAAAUAUGCUAAAAGAUGUGUAAGCCUCACCUUUGAGUAUAACAUCCCCCGAAGAUGAAAUGCAUUUGCUUUCAUGUGUUCAUUUGCAAUUUCUUUUGAAUCAAUAUAGUUUGCUGUUUUUAUUUUGUUUUUGAAAUAGUUAAAAGAGUCAUUUAGAUAAUAAUAAUAGAUUCUUGAUAGUCAUCUAGAUAAUCUUGAUAAUAGCAUCUUUAAAAACGUAAAAGUUGAAAAAUGGCCUAAGUGUUAAAUUUGUAUGCAUCAUAUAUAAUUUUUAAUCGAUUAUAAAGAAAUCAUAAAAUGAGCUGAACUAAGAAAUAUUCUAAACUUAUCCCUUUUAAGAUCUUUCUUUAAAGUGUGCAUUUAUUUUAUUUUUCUUUAAUAAUGCCUGAACAGAAUGCUGAGAAACUACUUUUGUGUUUCUGUUUUUGUUUUUAAAAUGUAGUCUUUAAGUUUUACUGUAUAUUUCAUCCAUCCAUAUUUAUUUCAUUACUUUUGUCUUUCAUUCUUCUUCAUAGUAUUAAAGUAAUUAUAUUAUAAUUAAAGUAACUAUUUUGUAGUUAAAUUGAGCAAAAGAACUUGAGGGGAAUAAGUUCUUCUGCCCCCUUUUCAUUCAUUCUUAGAGGGUUUUUUUUUUUUUUUUUUUUUUUUUUUUUAAUUUCAUUUACCAACUCUAAAGUAAAAUUUCCUUUUUCCAUUAAAUUUUCAGUUUUGCUAUUUGCUUAGAUGCAAUCAAUGUGUAGCAUGAUGAAUGCUUUUGCUGCCAUUUAAAGUGCCAUUUUCUAUGUAUAUGUUUGAUUUUUACACAUAUUGGGUUCCAUGUGCUGGCCACAUGAGUUUUUAAUAUUGUUUUUGACAUUUUAAUAGUUUAUACAUUUUAUAUGAAAAAUUAGGAAAGAAAUUAGUUGUUUGUGUGAGGGGAAUUUAUUGUACUGUACUUAAUAUUAUAUCCUUAAAUAAGAGUAAUAUUAUUUUGCUAGAAUUUGAUUUAAUAUAGCAAAUAUAAUGUGAUAAAAUUAUAAUAGUUAUGUGUGUUUGACUGUAAUACAUAUUUUGAAGUUUUAAGGAAAUCUCAUAUUUUUUGCUUUAUAAAAUGAUAAUGAAAUUGCGCUUUAUUUGUUAUUAUUUCCCUCCUUAAAGUUUAUAAUUGUAAUAUAUGUGUCUAUGCUCCAUCAAUAAAGAAAAUGUUAUGUUGUUUA